AUGGGUAGUUUUCCCGGCUUUCUGUACAAACAGAUCACCUUCAAGCCUAAGCCGCCUCCACAGUCCGUCAAGCUCCAUGGCCUGACCGCCUUAGUAACGGGCGGUAACGCUGGCCUGGGCUUGGAGGCAUGCAAGGAGCUGGCCGCGCACGGGGUGGCGCGCAUCGUACUUGGAGUUCGAAGCACGGCCAAGGGUGAUGACGCAAGGAAAGAAAUCCUCGCCCUUCAUUCUGGUGUUGACGUCCAGGUGUGGGAGCUCGACCAUGAAUCUUUCGACAGUGUGCGCAAGUUUGCAGACAGAGCCGCCGCCCUCGAUCGGCUCGAUAUCGCCAUCCUGAGCGCCGGCGUGAAGAGCAUGGAGUUCUCCAGGUCCAGAGCCGGGCACGAGUCAAACGUCCAGGUACGAAGACCACGAAGUGUUGCCCUUCCAUCAUCACCUUAUGUAUACCGGUUUGAGUCCACGUGGCCAGGUCACCAUUUGGGGACCGCCCUCCUGUCACUGUUGCUUCUCGGGCCCUUGAAGGCGACAGCAACAGCCAAGGCUUCCAAGACGCGCCUAACCAUCGUCAGCUCGGAAACCCAUUUCUGGGCUAAGUUAAGUGAGGUUACCACCCCAAACACGUUUGAAUCCAUGGACAAGAAGGAGUCAUUUGGCAAAGGCAUGGACCGCUACAACGCCAGCAAGCUGCUCAACGUGCUCUGGAUGCGCGAGCUCAGCACUCGAGCAGGCGGCAAUGUCAUCAUUAACGCCGUCAACCCCGGCUUUUGCCAGAGCACCUUGCACCGCUCUGAUCCCAGUGGAUCUUCGUUCGCCAACCUCAUCGGCUGGACCGCCAGGCAAGGUGGCCACUGCUUGACGGCCACGGCGCCUACAUCAGCGAACAGACCGUAA